UUAAACACUAGGAGGGGAGGAAGGAAAUCUACUAUCUUUUUUUUUCCUGUUUCGUUUCACACAUUUUAGUUCAGGCUUAUUUAAGUGCAGUAGUCGUAAAUAUGUUAUAUGUGAAAGUGACCUUGGUGAUGUCUGUGCUUGUGAAGGAGCUCCAGCUGACUACAAAAGAUGUCUGCUGGCUCUCUUAAAAAAGGCUACACUUAAAUAAAGUGCUUCAACUUUAUACUCCCAUUUCUAAAAUGUAAAUAAAGCCGUAAGUGCAGGAAAUCUUAAUCAAAUUCGUCCUCUUUUUCGCCUCAGCUGCCGUUCUCCCCUGCGAUUGGUCGGUGGAUGAUCACACGAACCUUAAACUAGAAACCAAUAGAAAGCCUCAGAAGCGCCACGAGACCGCGUGUUUCAGGAAGUCGGGACACGGCAGUUUGAGAUGCUGGCGGUGCAGUGUUUGAAACAGCCUUGAGCGGGAUUUUAUGAGGCAGGAGGCGCUGACAUGCGUGUCUACAUUAUUGUCGCUGCUGUGUUUUGGUGUGGUUAUGUGGACUCGCGGAAAGUAAGAGGAAUAUCCUCGUCCUAUAAAAGGUUCUACAGGGAGAGGAAGUCGUUUCUGUGCAUAGAUGGGUCGAGAAUGAUCCCAUUUGAGCAGGUGAACGACGAUUACUGCGACUGUGAAGAUGGCUCAGAUGAACCAGGCACUUCAGCCUGUCCUCAUGGCCGAUUCUACUGCACCAAUCUGGGUUUUCGCCCGCACUACAUCCCAUCAUCCAGAGUCAAUGAUGGCAUCUGUGAUUGCUGCGAUGCUUCCGAUGAAUACAACAGCCACACUCGCUGCCAGAACACUUGCUGGAAUCUAGGACAGAGAGAGAGGGCGUACGUGGAGGGCCAGAUGAGGACCUUGGAUGAAGGUUUGCGACUCAAGCAGCAGCUGAUUGAGGAGGGAGUGCUGCUCUGGAGGGAGAAACAGGCCCAGCUCAGAGAGCUCCAGCAGGUGGCAGAAGACCUGCAGGUCAAGUUGGAGGAACACAGGAGGAAAAAACACGAAGCCGACCGACUCAAAGAGCAAACAUUAAAGGCACUGGAAGCAGGGAACGGUGGUCUCAUCAGACAUCAGAACAGCUCCGUUACCAGCAUUUUCCAUUUAUUGGACACCAAUAAAGAUGGCAGUUUGACAGUGGAUGAAAUCAAGGCUAAAGUGGUGCUUGUCCACGAUGAGCAGCGUGUUCUCUCUGAGGGUGAAGCACUGGCUUUGUUGGACAGAGGUCACAGGAUGGAUCUCUCCAAGUUUCAGAGCACACUCUGGGACGUCCUGACGAGAGGCGACACUGUCAAAAUCAAAGACACGCAGGGUGCUCCAGGCAGUCUUUCCAGUGAAGAUCCUCACUUAAAGGCAGCUGACAGAGCUGCAGAGUGGGAGGCGACCAAUCUGAAGAAAGUGGAAGAAGCUUACGAGACAGUCAACAUGGAAAUAAGUGACUUACAGAAGAAGUUGGCCAUAGACUACGGAACAGACUGGGAAUUUCUGUUUUUGAACGGCCAGUGUUACAAGCUGAAAGUAUAUGAGUAUACUUAUACCCUGUGCCCAUUCAAUCAAGUUACACAAAAGAGCACGGCAGGAGUAGAGGUCUCAUUAGGGAUGUGGGGGAUGUGGACAGGAAAGCCAAAGAACCACUACAGUCAGAUGGUCUAUGAGAAUGGAGAGCCCUGCUGGCAAGGAGGUUCACGCAGUACUACAGUCACACUGACAUGCGGAACGGAGACAGCCUUGCGAUCAGUGAAAGAGCCCAGCAAAUGCCAGUACAUCAUGGACUUUCAGACUCCUGUGGCCUGUCAGCCGGUGCUAAAGCAGCAGGGUAUACACAGUGAACUGUGACCCAUUCCCUUACUGGCCUAGCCCAGAAUAACUUGGACCCCUUCCUCUCUUCUGCUGGCCCGCGGUGACAGGCUGGGGUCCUGAGGGUCCCCUCUGACAUCUGUGUUGUCAGAACAUAUAUACUUCCAAGGCAGUCUGGCUAAGGUCAGAGUCUGGUUUUCAGUAGCCACUUUAGUUUCCAUUGAUUGUUACAGUGCUGCUUUCUUGCUGUUACACUUUAAUAUCUAAAUAGAGCAUUUACUGAAUGAUUUAGUUAACGCAACGUGUUCAACAUUACUGUGUAUUCCCUGUAAGUGUUUGCACUCAAUGCUCAGCAAUAAGCAAUAUUACUGUGUAAAUAACGGGAGAAAGUGAAACCCAAUCUAUUGUAGGGUCUAAACACAUUUCUGCUAAUGUAAUUGUCAUUUUAAAUAACUGCUCAGUAAUAUGCACAAAUAAAAGGACUGUGUCCUUGCUCUUCAUUAUAAUGACUGCCUUAUAAAAAUAGCCUUCCUUAACAUCGAGGAUAUGUUGUAUGUUUCUUAUGUUGAGCAAAUGAAACUUAUAAAUAAAUCAGAUGAUCUUCCCAGAAGGAGCUGCAUGUUCAGCCGUUUCCUGGUGCAGUUUAGCAUAAAGCUAAAUGAUUCUGUGAAAACUACAAAACAAAAACAAACAAAAGAGUUGUCGCUCUGGUUGACAUUUUUCCUCAUUGCAGUAAACAUGUACUUUAUAAUUUAUAGUCCCUUUACUGUAACAAUUCAGUACCAAAUGUGUGUUGUUCCACAGCUGAAAACAGUUCCCAAUAAAUGUUUCUUACUACUCCUGAAACCAACAAUACCCAGCUCUUAUAGGCUUCAGUCACACAGGCCUAGAGACUGGUUGGCAACCUCUGAUCACUUAUAGAAGAUUGUGUAUUUCACAUUUGCUUUGGUGGACACCAACUUGUUUACAAACACUCACCAACUACUUGCCAAGCGGUAGCGAAACUUGGGCUACGUCCACAUGUAUGCAAUGUUUCGAUCACUGAAGACCGAGAUUCUUAUAAAUUCCUGCCAGGAUUGAGAUUUUAGAAAACUCGUUUUUUGCGUUUACUUGUGGACGAGGAAAACUGAGAUUUAGUCACGCUACGUCAAAGGUGUGCGCCUUUUAUGAUGACGCUGUGCGUACAUGAGAUGAAUUUCUACAGUGGCGGAUAUGAACAAAACACUGUUGCUGUUAAUCUUACUAUCUGCAGUUUUUACACUCUUACAUAUACACACACAGUUAC